GUGUUCCAACUCCUUCCCAAAGCUCUGUAGCCCCAAAAACCCCAAGCUACCCCAAUGCCCCCUCACCUUGAGAAAUAGAUCUGGGUUGCUGCACCCUUCAAUCUGCUGAUCUAUUUUGGGUUGCUAUCCAUCACCAUUUUCAGCACUUUUUAGUAAGAAAUCAAUCAAAUUACUCAUCCUUUCCUCUAUGAUUUGAAGUGAAAACACUGCUGUAAAUUUUAGAUCCUGCAAGUGCAUUGAAUUGGCAGCUCGACUUGUUGUCACUAUUUUAACCGUAACUUCCUUUGCAGAUGUUGGAUUAAGGUAAUUCUUGAGGCUAUAGAAUGUUAAGACAUAGGGCUACAAUUUAUCUGUUGACCACUUAACCCAGAUCAGUCAAUUUCUGGGCGUGAAUUCUGUUGGAAGUUCCAACACGAAAUCAGACCAGAACUUGACAGAACUUUGCUCUUUUUUCCUAUUUUACUCCCACUUUAUCUACUACCAUAUUACAUCAUGAUUUUACUAGAUUUUAGCUAUUGUUUUCAUGCUCUAAAACCCCUUGUUAUUGCUUUGUUUUGGUUGCCUUUUUGCUACUACAAUUUUUGCUUGAAUGUUGCCCAGUUUUAGCUUGUUUCAACAUUGUUCUGCUGCUGCUAUUUGCCCAUAAAUCCCUACUAUUUUUGCCCAGAAAAUUUCUGUUCUUUAGGGCUUUUUCCAAGCACUUUGGGAUUGUUUUAAAUAGCAAAAAUCCCCACCUUACUACCCAGCUUUUGUGCUACUGUUUUGGGGGUAUUUUGGUGCUAUUUUAGGCUUGUUUUAAGUAUGAAUAUGCAUAGGAAUAUAUAUACAUAUAUUAAUGGGGUUUGAAUGGGUAGAAGUGAUCGGGAGGUGUAGGAGGAAGUUGUUUCUUUGGUUAGAAACUUGAUACUAUGAUUAGAAACUAAUUUAGUUAAAUGGGGUAUGUUGUAAUAUUGUUUGUUCUUUGAUAUGGCCUAGGUUCCAAAUCACCUCAAGCGCCUUGAUUUCUUGAGUUCCUUGCUUAUUGUAUGGUAACAAGGCGAGGUAAGUAAGAUUUUGGUAAAUGCCCUUGGAUUUUAAAGCAAAGGUUUUAAAGCAUAUUUUAAACUAUUUUUUUAAAGUGGUGGCGGGACUAAACCUGUUUUACACAAAAAUGAGCAUGAUUGGUUUAAAAUGAAAUUGCUUUCAUUUAUUGAAUUGAGCAUGUCUACUUGGAGUUUAUGAACUGUUUUGAUAACCUCAAAUUGGUUUGUGAAUUAUGAAUUUUCCUGUAAAUCUUGCAUGGAUUUGUCUCCAUAUGAUCAUGAUUACUGACGCCUGCUAGUGGGAGUUUGCAAACGCCAGCACAUGUCGACAUGUAUACUUGUAGGACCGAUUCAUUCUGUAAUCCUACUAGUGGGAUAAUACAUUGGUUAUUACUGACGCCUACUAGUGGGAGUUUGUUAAACACUGGCCAUGACUAAUUGAGGAGACCACUACUUAAUUUUAUUCUACAUUAAUGGUUUAUCAUUGAGAUAUUUAUUCUAGUUUAUAUUAAAUUGUUUAUCUAGCAUGCUUUAACUUUAAUUUAGGGCUAUCCAUAUUUUUACUUACUGAGUUAUCUCACAUAGUUUUUCCUUGUCCACCAUUUCAGGUAGCGAGGCUAGAUUUGAGGGAAAUGAAGAAGAGUGACGAUCUUGAAGGCUAGCCAUUUGUGUUUUGGAUUUAGAUUAGCGUGGAGUUAGGCUGCUAGUCACAUAUGUUUUUGGACAUAGAUGAUGGAAGAUAGAUCAUUUUUGUAGACUAGAUCCCCUUGAGAUAGUCUUGACUUUAUUAAUGAAGUUGUAAAAAUGUUUUGUACACUCUUGGCCUAGUCAAAUAUUUGUUAUAAAGUUAGAUUUAAUAUUAAGACUGUGGAUCUAAGUGUAUGUGGAUUACUAGUUAUGAAUUUAGCAAGUUCUGAGCUUUGUACAUUUGUGGGAUCCUCUCACAAGUGUAUGGUGUUUGUUUCGCUCUCGGUUUUGGGGCGUGACAUAUAGUCCAUCUUUGCUAGAUGAAGGGAGAUGGUCAUGGCACAUAGCUUCUUACAC